GCGACCGAAGUUUGUUUGAUUAGCCCCCCAGUGUGGACAUGGGUCUCUGUAUUUUGAUUAUCUAUUCACGUUAUGACGUCAUCUGAUAGAGCCAGGAGAAAUAAACCAGUAUUAAAUAAUGCUCAACUUUCUUUUAAAUUACUCAAGUUUAACAGUAUAUGGAAAUGCUUUUGGAAGGGCUACCAUGAUGUUACAACUUUAGAAAUCUUUUUUAUUUAUGAACAAACUACUAUAAGAACUGAUACCUUGCUAAAUUUAAAGUAUUUGAAAUUAAUAUGGCUACUGUGAAUGAAGACCAACAACAAGAACAUAAUCAGCAGACCCAGCCAGUGACUCAGUUGGAGUUUCAUCAGGCUAUGAGGGAUUUCAAAACAAUGUUUCCUGAAAUGGAUGAAGAUGUGAUAGAAGUAGUGCUUCGUGCUAACAAUGGGGCAGUGGAUGCUACUAUAGACCAGUUGUUAUCCAUGAGCACUGACAAUGAAAAUGAACGUUUGCGAACAGAGCUAGAUGCCACAGAGAAUGCUGAGGUACCACCUUGCUACUCCCCUGCAACUCCACCACCCUCUUAUCAACAAGCAGUUCCAUAUGCUCAAAGUCCUGCCCACUCUCCAGCUGCUGCUCUUGGGAGAUCCUCACCUGCAGCAUUGAGCUCUUCUCCUACAAUACCUCGUAGACCUCAGCAGGCUCAGCUGCGCUGUCAACUGUCCAGGUCAUUUCCUCAAUCUCACAUGUCCCAGACACUUCCCUUACCCAAGAGAACAAGUGAGAAGGUUGGUUUAAGGCCAGAGAAACCUAGUGUACCCCUGAGGUCCCAGAGAAACUGGAAGCCUCCACUACUAGGUCCUCUUCCUCCAACAUUUCUUAGAUUAGAGGAAUCUGAAAGAAACCAUUCAAAGCCUAAGGCUAAAGUUGAGAAUGUGACAGUCUUAAGUUCCUCAGUUCUUCAGCAACGGAUGGAGGAAAAUGAACGUCAACGACAGAUUUCCCAUUCAACAGAAGAUCCUGGAUUAUCACAGUACUUAGAAGAUGAACGCAUUGCUAUUUUCUUACAGAAUGAAGAGUUUAUGCAGGAACUAAGACACAAUAAGGAAUUCAUGUCCACCUUAGAAAGAGCUUCUCUUAUUACUUCAGAUGAUGAUGAUGAUAAAUUGUACCAGCCUCCUGAAGGUAUAGAUAAUUUUCCAUACCUUCGACCUAUUCAACCAGCAGCUGAAGAUCCCGAUGCAGCCUUCAGAGAAAAACUAAGAAGCAUGGGGAAGUUAUCACGACGCAAGUUUACUCAACUGGCCAAAUUGUUUUCACGAAGAAAAAGAUCGGGGUUUCGUCAGAUACUAGGCGAUGGAUCCAAUCCUUCACGAGACAACUUGUUACUAACUGAAGAUGACUAUUCUGAGCUCUCUGAAGAGGAAUCUGAGAGUGAUUUGAGGAAAGAUGACACUUGGAAUAGCCAUGCUGGGGGUCAUGGCAAGAAGAUGGGAACAAUGGAACACAGUAAACAUGAAAGUUAAUGAGAAGUGGGCAUCUUGUGGUGUCUAAAUCUGUAUAACCUUGAUUGCAUAUGUAGCAAAUUUUCCAUGUCACCUCACAGUGGUGGAGCUGCAGUGGUCACUGAUAUAAGAGGUUGCCAACUUACCGAAUCUCUUGUAGUCUUGCUUAAAAAUGUAUUAAUAUAUUUAAAUUCUAUUACUGAUCUUUAUUAGCUUGCAUAUGAGAAAGGUUUCUUGAUUUACAAGGUUAAUCAAAACUAGAACAACAUUAGCUUGUAUUAUGGGUAGUGCAUGAUACUUUUUUAUUUGCAUCUAUUGUUUGUGUAUAUAAUUUGUAUACAGUUUGUACAUAAUGUUUUACAAAGAGUACUACACAUAUCUUAAUAUAUUUAAAGAUCUUUAUUAAUUUUUGUUCUUACAUUUUUAUUUGAAUUGGUUCUGAUUAGGAAUUAUCUUAUAGACAAAAAAGUUUAGACAGAAAAAAAAUAGAUGUUUUCAGAACAUUACUCGUAAGUUGCAAUAUACAAAAACUUGUUUGAAAUUCUUUGAAAAGCAUUUGUUUUAAUUCAGAAUAAGGUGUAGUAUCAGAUUAAUAUUAGAAGCAAAAUAAAGUUGAUUAUGACUCCUCAGUACAUUGCAUAAACUGUGAAGCAUUGAGUAAGAAAAUUGCUUAAUAAAAAAACAAGAUAAAAGUAGUUCCUCUAAUUCCAAUUAAUCUUUGAAAAGUAAGAAUGUAUUGCAUAGUCUUUUGAACUUUAGUUUUAUUAGGUUUUGUGAUAACCUAUUUGAUAAAAAAAAAAAAACAUAAAUAGUAAGUAACUCUUUGUAUUCCUUAGUUGUGAUAUUGUUGGCAACAAAUUAUGGGAAAAAACAUUUUAAAUAAUUUAGUAGAUUUAUUAUGAAAGCAAUCUUGGUAGAAUUGGUAGUUCUUUUGAUAUUUAAAACUGUAAUCUGGUUGACCACUUUAUAGAAAAUAAGUUUGAAGCUUACUCUGAGGAUUGUUACACAUUACCAGCAAUACAGAAUUUUACACUGUGUUCAUUCGAAAUGGUAGUUUUAUUCUAAGAAAGUUUUGCAAAAAGAGUAUAGUUGAAAUUCCAUGUAAUUUUAAUAUUAAUGUAUUUUUGAAUCUCAAACUUGUCAUAUCAUUGUAAUUGUGAACAAUGUGAGAAUACUUUCAAAGUUAUUCUAGUAGCUUUUUAUUAUUUGUGAUACAGCAUACAUUGAUAUAAUAAUGUAUACCUUAAUUUUGAUUAGUAAUAUUUUGCUCUUUGUAUUAGUAUGGUAAUGUACAGUAGAAAAUAUUUCUCAAAGAGCAGAGUAAAUGUAUUCUAGACAAUAUAAUGUUACAUUUAUAGGAGUUUGAAAUAUUUAUAAGUUUGUUUUAUAUAAUUUCUAAAAAGCUAUUCGAUUUUUUUUUUCAAUCGUUAGCUGAAAAACUUUGUAAAAAUAUUAUCCAGGCAAAAGAUUUUGACGUAGAAUAUAAGUUCAAUUUGUAUGUUUCUUGAAAUAGAAUUUUGGAAAACAGAUUUUUAAUAAUUUUACUAUGUUAGUAAAAGUGAUUAUUUCAAACUCUUUUUUUUUGUGUGUGUGUUCUGAAGCUAUUGUUGUGUACAGAAUUAUCUGUGAUUGCCUCAUUUUUACAACAUUUAAACUGAAUUGAUAAGCAAAACUUUAAAUUGUUAUGCCUGAAUAUUUUAUUUUACUGCUGUCUAAAUAAUCUGGACAUUAAGAUAAUUUAUUUACUACACACUGUUUAGCUCAAUAAUAUAGUCUAGUGAUGCUUCAAGAUGCAGAAUUUUGUUUUUUGUGCCAAAUUUGUCACAUCACUCCUUUUUUACAAGAAAUGCUCAAUUUGGAAUAUAAUUAGUUUUUAAGUAUGCUGUAUGCUUUUAUAGUGUGCAUUCAAUAAACUUGUUAACAAUCAGAAAAAUAUAUAAGAAUAUACAAAGUGUUUAAAUUGGUAAUAAUAAUUAGCUGAAGCUAAAAUGAUACACAUAAAUAUGUUUGUACUUAUGUGUGAAGAGUAGUUUUAUAGUUGUCUCAAGAAAUAAUUGAUGAGACAUAUUCUAUCUCUUAGAAGCAGAAGCUUUCAGAUGGCUGAUUUUUGUUGAGAAAAAAAUCUCAUUGUACACUUCUCAAAAUAAUUAAAGAAUUAUUUUAAUUUGAAUAUUGCUCAACAUUUUGGUGCACUGGAUGUGUUGUUAGCACCAUUGCAGCUAGCUGUUUUGUUCCUGGCUCUGAACAGAAUGCAUCUCAAUGGCCAUCUGGCACACAAACUUAUUUUGUGGAAGUCUGUACAUUUCUGUAGCAUUCAGUUGUGGCUACAAACAUCUGAUUGAAUCUUGGAGCCUGCACCAAAUGAGUGCAGUGAGCCAGAAUGGGCACAGAUAUUAAUCAUCUACUUGUGUUAUGGAUGAUAAUGUACCUAUUUUGAGUGCCUGAACAACUGUACCAUAAGUUUAGAAACAGUUUCAUAUUAUGCUAGCUAUGCUUUGAGAAACUUGAGUCAGUUUGCAACAACAAUUGGCUGUAUGUGACCUAUUUCCAUUUGUCCAUUAACUCUCCAUGUAAAUAAAAUAUUCAGAUGCCUUCUCUGGAGUCCAGCCAUAGUUCAUGAAAAAGUUUCAGUAUUUUAAUCUCAGUCAUUCACUUCAAAGUAAUGAAUGAGACACAAUUGUAUGAGACCACUGUAUAUGGUAUACACUAAAUGACUAAUAAUUAACAUUUCAGACUGCAUAACUGAUCAUGAAAUAUCUUAUUUGCAUAACAGAGGUUUGAGAGGAGGUGGUAACCUAACAGUGGUUUUUGUCUUAUACAAAAUAUUACAAAAUAUGAUGAUCCUUUAAUUGUUUUGAGCAGUAUGUAUGACAUAUUAAACAUUAGAAAUUUGUUUAGCGUUGUUUUUAAAUUUAAAGAAUUGUCUUUUGUUGCAUAUUGCUCUGCUAAAAAAUUGUUAUUCAGCUUUUUUCAAAUAAGGAUUUUUUUUCUGAGGUUGAUUUUUAAGUGCAAGACAACCUUGAGACCAUUUGUUAAUGUACCUGGCAAGUUGUAUACCUUUUUUGCAUGUAGAAAUACUAUAUUUGUUUUAUUAUAUAUGUAUAUAAUGUUUUGACUUGUGUUCAUUUUAUAUCAGUCUGAUUUUUCUUAAUUUAUUUUGGGGGGAUAUGUGUAUAAUUUUGUUCUACAUUGAAUUUUGUAACCUUUUAAAAUGUGCAUUUUAUGCUUAUUACAAUUGUUAUUUUUUUAUUAUAGAGCUUCAAAAAUGUAGUCAUAAAGGUCUAAACUUUGACCAAAAAUAAGAAUAUACAUACAUACAUACAAUGUUGAAUGAGACAACAGAAAUAUGUUCAACAGUUUCAUGUGUUUCAAUUUAGGCCUUCAAGCAGUCCUAUAUACCCUAUAGAUUAUUAUCUUUUUUGUUUCAACUUCUUGAUAUAUUUUUGAUAAAAUAAUUUAAAUGCUGUAUCCUACUUCAUAUUGUUUUAACACAAAGUGAUCAUAAGGCCCAGUUAUUUGUCUCUUGAGUUUUUUUCAUGCAGCAUAAAGCAUGCUUAACUAUUCCAAUUGGAAAUGUCUGAAUCUUGGAGUUAGAAAAUGUGAAAACUUUAUGUUUUCUGUAACUAGUCUUACGUAUUGUUAUUUGCUAAACCUUAUCAAGCAGAGUUUGAUGUUUGUUAUCAACAUCAGAUCACCAAAGCCACCCAGAUUUGACCUUAUGUCCACACCCAAUACCCCUAAAAUGUGUCCAAUUUGGCUUAAUAAUUAAUAUUGGUAUAUAAUCUUUAUAGAUAUUCCUCUAUACUUUCCAAAGACCACUUGGAGGCCUCUUAAUUAUAUUGAAGCUUAUAAUGUUAUUUUAACACAGUAUUACAUAUGCUAAUUGAAUGCCAAAAUAAGUCUUUUUUUUUUAUACUCAUAUUUAAGCAUUAUAGCUUUGCUGUGCAAGCUAGUUUCAAAUGUAACUUUUGUGUUUAGUACUAAUUGGUAUUUAUUGUUUUAGGAGAUACAAUGUGUUGAUCAAACCCAAUAAUUUCAAGGUUUCUCAGUGUGUUUGAUUCCAUCCUUUGGCAAACUGGAGGUGUGUCUGUAUAUCAAAGCUUUCUCUGUAUGUGUAGUUAUACAUAGCAAAUAUGUAGAUACAUAUCUAUAUAUAUACAGGGACUUGUGUUGUCUCAGGAAAAGUGAAUUGAAGCAACUGGUCAUUGGUUUUGCUUCAUGUCACAUGCUAAGAUGUUAUAAUGAAAUAAAAAAUUCACUAUAAAAAUAUAAAUGUGUAUAUUUUCUUUCAAUGUUUUUGAAUUUGAAAACUACACUGAGUAAGAGAAAGAUAUAGCCAGUUAUGUUUUACCUUAAUUGAUUUUAAGCUAUUUUAGGUAACCAUACUAAGAAAACUUGUACACACACACAUAUAUAUAUAUACACUAUUUCUAAUUAAUUAUAUUAAUAAAUCCU